CGUGUUGGAAGUUAACAUACCAGUCUGUCGAGAGGUAGAGAGCAGUUGUGCCGGUUCAUUUCGCAAAAACAAAGAGAAACAAGUAAUUACCGGAUAAAUUAUAAAAGCAAUAAUGGCUGUGCUACCAUUGGAUUUCAUUGAUCUUAUGGACAGAUUGGAGCGUGCAGGUAUCGCUAGUUCGGCUGCCGGUCUUGGCCUUCCCGCUGUUCUUCCUACCGAGGCUGGCAUUCCAAAAACUUUAUUGCAAAUGUUGCAUUUGCCGUCGUACAAAGCCGAAUCAAGAUGUCCCAUGGCGUAUUCCAGACCAUGGAGCGAGCUUCUGCGGAAAGGUGAAGGUGGAGCAUCGACCGUGAAAGACGACAAGGAUAAAUUUCGUGUAGACCUGGAUGUGCAACAUUUCGGACCGGAUGAGAUUAAUGUUAAGGUCGCUGACCAUUGCGUGACAGUCGAGGGGAGACACGAAGAGAAAGCAGACGAUCAUGGCUGGGUAGCCAGACAAUUUUCAAGGAGAUACAUUGUGCCUGAACAAUGCGAUAUCGAGCAGGUAUCGGCGAAACUGUCUUCGGACGGUGUUCUGUCAAUCAUAGUGCCGCGCAAGGAAAAGCCGCUACCCAAUGGCGAAAGAGUAAUCAAUAUAGAGCAUACCGGCAAGCCAUCUAUUCAUGAUUCGCCGAGCGUAGCAAAUGGAUCGGCAGAGCAGAACAUGGAGUAAAGUUCCAGUAUUAAACAUUUAUAAAUUCCUCUAAUACUUGCACAUUAUACGUAUCCGUAACACUAUCAUAACACUAUCACAAGUAUUUAGCAUUUUAUGUAACAUCAUCGAAACGCAUUUCAAUAAAUAGACACAAAUGUCUUACGUUCAAAUGUA